AAAAACGCCGACGUUUCGUUGAUUCCCUAUCCCAGGAGAUACAAAAUCAUGGUGCUAGAGUCUCCAAAUGAAUUAACCAAAUCUCAAUCCAAUUCCAAGAACUGAGUAUGUCUUUCAGCGCCCUCCUCCUCCUUCUCCUCUUCUCGCCGACGAUCGGCGCCGUCACCGGCGCACCAACGGCGUACGAGAUGCUGGAGAGAUUUCACUUUCCGGAGGGCCUUCUUCCGAAAGGAGUGAUCGGCUACGAACUGGACCCGUCCAGCGGUAAAUUCCGCGCCGAUCUGAACGGUUCGUGCAGUUUCUCCCUCGAAGGUUCUUACCAGUUGAAUUACCAGAAAACCAUCACGGGCUACAUAUCCGACGGCAGGCUAACAGAACUGCACGGGAUAAGUGUGAAGGUUCUCUUCUUCUGGCUCAACAUUCUCAACGUCGUUCGCGUCGGCGACGACAUCGAUUUCUCCGUCGGCGUCGCUUCCGCUUCAUUUUCCCUUGAUAACUUCUUCGUCUCCCCGCAGUGCGGUUGCGGCUUGGAUUGCGGUGAUCUUCGACUAAGGAAACUGAAAUUGGGAAAAGAAAACCCCUCCCUUUCCUCUGUGUAGAAAUUCAAUUCAAUUUGCCUUUAAUUAUGAUCAUUUGUGGACGCUGGUAUUGUAGUAUUACGUGUAUGUAUCUUGUCUCAAAUGCUAGAUUUAUUAUUUUAGAUAUAUAUUAUUAUUAUUAUUAUAUUA